GCUGAUUGGUUUUACCAUACCACCAUGGUUUUACAACAUUGAUUUGAAAUGGGUUGCUGGUGAACAGAACCGAAUGAUAUAAAGAUGGAUAUGAGUUGGGAGAGUCAGUUUGGGCUCGGUCUGAGUUCCUUAGAGUUGUAUAAACCCCUGGAGGGAAGUAGUAAGGAGUGCCGGACGAAACCGAAUACAGUCUCAAAAAAAUGUAGAAAAUGUUUUGAACAGAUGGUGAAGGACCGCGAGGAGGAGGUGACUAUCGUUGAGAAUGAGACGAGACUUCAGCAGGUUCAGGACAGAUUCCCACACGACGAUCUCCAGCUCAUAGACAGAGACGCAAAGUCACAGAGGUUUAAAAUUCUUGCAAACCGGAGGAGGUCGGCACCAACGACAGCCCUCAGAACUGCAUUCACUGGUAGCAAGAAAUUGGGCGGUGGGACACCCUCCUCCAGCGAUCUACAGUCGUUAGCGGAGAACAAUGCCCAGAAUAAUAACAACCGUGUCUAUGUGAUGGAAGGUCCUAUUCAGAUGACUGGGGGUGUCCAGGUACAAAGUAGAUACGUCUUCCUCUUCAACGAUGUCGUCAUCAUCGCCAAACCAAACAAAUCGUGCACGACGUUCCGUCUGAAGCAUCGAAUCAGAGUCAGCGAGCUAUGGCUGGCCUCGUGCAUCGACGAUGUCAUCGAGAUCAACAAACAACCCGAUAGGUCCUUUGUGAUUGGCUGGCCAACAACCAAUUGCGUCUGGACGUUCACUUCAGCCGAGGAGAAAGAAAUCUGGUGGCAGAGUUUGAAAAAGAAUAUCACUGCCCAGCGAGAGCACGAAGAACCACGGACAGUGAACAUAAAAGUGCUAAACAGCGAACCUCAAAGCACGGGCUCCGUGCACAGCAAGACACUCCAGGUUAGCAAUACGGAUACGGCAGACGACAUGCUACGGACGUGUCUACAGCAGUUCCAUCUUGACAGCGCCGUGCCGGAGGACUACGGGCUGUGGGUGCAGUCUGGCAAGGAUUCGGGCCAGUACCCGCUAAUUGGUCAUGAGAUCCCGUACGCAAUCAAGAUGAGCCAUGUUAACGAGGCGUUGUCCAAGAACAAUAACUACGGAGACCUUCUACCCGGCGAGGAUGACGGGAUGGCGUCGGCCGCCAUUGAUGAGAGCGCCCUCAAGCAGUUUAAAUGUCAGUUCUUCCUGAGGAGGAAAGGCAACAGCCAAUUAGGGAUCAGCGUAGAUACCUUGGCAUUCCCAUCAAGUAAGCGACUGAAGAAACAGCGCAAGACGCAUUUCAAGCUCUCCUUCAAGAAGAGCACUGGCAAGGGAGACGCUGCGGACGUACUCUCCCCUCCCCCCUCCCCAAACUCCAAGUUAUUUGGCAUUCCGCUCCCGGUCCUCUGCCCCGAGGGCAACCUCCCCAAGACCAUCAUCGACCUCCUCACCACCCUCUACCACAACGGCCCCUACACCCCAGGAAUCUUCCGCAAGUCGGCCAACGCUCGCAUCACCCGGGAGCUCAAGGCCAAGCUCUCGGCGGGAGAGCCUGUUGCGUUUGACGAGGUGCCGGUCCCGGUUUGCGCUGCCCUUCUGAAGGACUUCAUGAGGAAUAUACCCAAUAGUAUCAUGUAUAAUGUGGUGUAUGAGAACUGGGUCAACACCAAUAACGUGGAGUUGGAUGAGGAGAGAAUCAGCAGCAUCAAAUCGAUUCUGUCGGACAUACCGAGCAGCAACCAGACCCUUCUGAGGCAUCUCUUCUGCAUCAUGUACCACAUCAACGAACGCUCCGAGGAGAACAACAUGAACUCUUACAACCAAGCUGUGUGCUGCUCACCGAGCAUGCUGUGGGCACCUAACUCAAGCGACUCCAUGGCACAGGUCCAGGCUACCGAGAAAGUGCCCCAAAUUGUCCAGUUCAUGGUGGACAACGUCCAGCAGAUCUUCGGGGACGAUGUGAUCGAUGUGUUCGGAGGACCUCCCAUGAAGUUUGCAGAGCCCAAACGCCGAGAUUCCGGUGACUCAGAUAGCUUACAGGGAUUGGUGGAAACAGGAGGAAUGAAACGUGACGACUCAUCCCUGGACAGUAUCGAUCGAGAGAUGUUUUCAAAUGAAGGAUGGCCGAGCAGUCUCCCGGUCAUGUCGCAGUCGACACUCAGCCGGGAUUCCGGACUGACCUCCAGCGACAACCAGUUGUAUCCCGAAUCUGACACGACCGACACCACAGAUUCUGGCGUGGACGCCAAGGAUAAAUCUGGUCGGAGCAGCAGUCCAGGCUUCCCAACACCCCCGGGAUUGAAGCACACAAGGAGUGCCUCGUCCGUCGAGAAAGGAGACGGCGAUUAUGUGGACUCGAGGUACAUGCAAUCCAAAAUGGCACAUGUCAGGAGGGUUUCGGAGCCGAACGCUGGCAGGACGGACAUCGGGAAACGCUAUGUCCUGACCAAAUCGCAAUCUGCCACGAACUCUAUGGAUAACAGUCCGGACGGCUCGGAUAAUGAGGUGGAGCUGAGUGAGGAAACGGUCAAAAUGAUCCGAGAACUGAAUGAGGAGUGUAGCUUUAAGCUCCUCAGUGGUCUUUUACCUGACGAGGAGUCAGGACCAGAAGGAGAGGGAUACUUAAAAGUGCUGGACAAGAGACGGCAUGACUAUCUUAUGUCGCAGAAGAACCAACAGUCUGAAUCGGCAAAGCCUUCUCCGGGCUUGGUCCCGCCGACUACAGGCAAUUCGGUUCAUUGUAGUCCCUCAUCGCCAACUGAUAAGUCCUCGCCCACUCAGAAACCAAAGCAGAGGAGGAUCUCCAUGCCUGCUAAGUUCUACAACCCCUUAACGGUCUUCCACAAGAAGGCCACCCCAAACAAACGUAACACGCCAUCGACAUCAUCCUCGGAGGCUCUCUCCUCCAGCUCCUCUGAGAGAAUCUACCCAACCCAUGGCGUUGCUGUCCAUGAACCGCGGGGCAAACUAAUUGAGCAUCAGAAUGAAAGGAACCGUUCCCGAUCCGGCGGCAGCGCAUCUCCAAGCGUUUCGCAUCAGCGUUCGCGUCGUCCUCGCAUCUCGUCAACGCGGCAGCCGGGGAAACUAUCCCCUGGCCCCCACCGUCGAGGUGUCACCUACCCGGAAACUACUUCACCGCCUCGCGAGUUUUUCCCACGUGAUGCGACGCACCUCUCAUUGCCCCGAAGUGAAAACACAGACACUCCGAGAGGGUCACAAGAGCAUAAAUCAAUUGGCGUUCCACGGUCGUUAAGCGAUGACCAACUCACCAGCCUGUCUGAUGACAAGGUGAGAGACUCCAGCAAUAUUAGCAAGACCCCAAGUCCGAGAAACUCUUCUCCGGUCUCUGACAGUCCGCGACAAUCCUCCCCGCCUUCUUAUCAAGAGACAAUGCAUCGCAGGGCGCGCCUUCAGCGUCAGACUCGCUCGCUGGACCAACCGGAUGUUCCCGUCUUUGAACGCGACGACUCCAUAACACGGAGGCGGAAGUCUGGGGCGCUGUCUUGUAGUGUCUCGCGGUCGCAGCCAGUCUGUCGCUUACCGAGCUCUCCUUACUCAACAUCUCCCCCAAAAUCCUCGCCCAUCAUGGAGAGCGGAGGAAUCAUCUUCCACAUUUCGGACUCGGAAUCCAGCGACAAUGAAACUGUCGACAUUGAAAGUUUGCGUCUUUUCAGUUCGACACUCAGCAGCAGUAUGCAAUCAAAGCCAUCCACUAUUCAGGUUCGACGGUCGUCGAGUGACAGGUCCAGAAGAGCUGAAGGCCGGACUGAAUCCUUCACCAACGCGAUGACCAACAAUGUUCAGAGGACAUUGAGUGAUAAGCGAAAAUCGUCCACGGAUAAGGCGCCGCAAACUCCGCUGUUCUACGGUCAGGAGGCCACCCUGACCACCCCUCGAAUCCUUCCAAGCAGCAACACCCCAAGGAUGAACACUGUCCGAUCCAAACCUCAGUUCAGUCGCUCGAAGAGCAUGGACGAGGACAACCUCCGCUGGAAGGCGGCUAGAAUCAACUCGGUCGACUCGGCCAUCUCAACCGGCUCGGAGAUGUCGCCCAGUAACAACCGCUCAUCGAUGAACUUUUCUUUUCCGUCCACGACGGAGCAGGGUUUAUCUCCGAAGGCCAAGAGUACAAUGCAAGAUUAUUUCCUGAGUGCGGACCCUGUGAAUGGCAUGGCGACAUGUAAGGAGACGGAGCAAGCCGUCACAAAAUCACGGCAGGACUGGCGCUACAUUGCGGCGAAAGCCAAACGGCGUUCUGUCGGGUUCUUGGAUGAGUUGGACAAUGUGGAAUUCACCGAGGAAUCAUAUGUUUAAAGGAAAACAUUUCAUUAAACAAAAACAAAUUUUAUCAAACAAUUUUAAUUCGUCACCUCGUUUGAAUGAAACUCCAUCUAGCAUUGAUUUAUUAAAGUUGUGGUUCAAUUUAUAAAGCAGCCCAGUCGGCAUGCACGACAGAAUUGCUGUAAAUACUGUAAAUUUCCUGUACAAAAAAAUUAUUACAAAUUGUACCGUUUACAAUGUCAACUCAUAACCAAAAUACGUAAGACAAUGUAUUCAAACUUCUUUCCUUUUAUUGGAUUUUUUAUUUGUAAACAAAAUAUGCAUUGGAAAUGUUUUUUUUUGUAAAAUCAAUAUUUGUGUUCAUAGUGGAGUACUUAAAGUGCAAACUUAAUUUGUGGUUAACACAAAGUCCCAUAGGAAAGUCUCUUUGACUACUGAGUUUGGUGGAAAGCCACAAAAUUGUAUACAAAAAUCAAGGAAAUUGUUUACACCAUAGCAAAUGUUACUGUGUUAAAACCUACCGACCAGUAAGUGAGCGACUCUGUUGUCUACAGUACAGCCAUGUACUGAAUUAGCCUCUUUGCCUAUGGCUAGAUCGCUGCAUUGAAGUAUAGGCCCUUUUCGAAACAACGGCUUCGGCUUUGGAUUCGGCUCAGGCUAGCUUCUCCCCACCGGUUGUGUUGACAAUUGCGCGCGCUUUGGGUAUAUGCGCUCAGGGCUUCAGACAAGAGAACGGCGCUUCAAGCCAAAUCCAAAGCCGAAGCCGUGGUUUCGAAAAGGGCCAGAGAACAUCUUUAGACUAUUGUAACAGUCAAAGCCGAAGCUGCUAAUUCUGAUACAGCCUUAGCCAGUUUUGCGAGUUAGAUUUGAAUGGAGUCUGGUACAACACCUUAUUCAGUCACAAAUGAAUACUCAAUGGAAUGCCUCAGACUACAUUUACUAUUGCUAUGCCACAUGGCUAGAUGCAAGCUUUUGUGUAACCUGUUUCACUCUACACAAAAGCUUGGCCUGAACCAUGUGAUGUACAAAUGUAGCAACAAUUAUUUUGUUGAGGGGUUCAGAUUAAGCAUUUUAUAGUGACUGGUCAAGUUUUACGUACCAGGGCUCGUUUUCACAAAGCAAUACAACCCUUCAUAAGACAAAUUGUCAGUAUCACCAUAGUGAUUUGUAUUGUGACAUCACACUUUGCUUAGCAACUACGAUUGAAUUGCAGUUGAGAUUAGUCUUAGCUCUGUGUGAAAUCUGCCCUAGGACCCAGAGCUGUUCAGCUAAGCAGACUUCUUUGCUAAGCAAAAAAAGUAAGAGGGGUACCAGCCACAAUAAUGCAAACCUAAAGUGAUUUUGGCUGGUAACCUGUUUCUGUUAAGCAAUACUAUUAUGUGCUUAGCAGGUUUUUUGUGCUUACAGGCUUUAUGAAGUGAGGACCAGACAUUUUACAAAUUGUACUCAAGUAUUCCCUAUUGCUGAGCUUCUUCCACACACACACACAGGCCAGCAGAGACAAAUGGCUUUUAGUGUCACUGUUGUUUAGGGAAUGUUUUUUUCUAAUCAAGUUGUACUUUUUAACUUUACGUAAAAGGUCCACAUUUAAAAGUAUUUGUACAGCAUUUUAUGCAGAACUAGAUAAGAAAGCCCACUAGAGGGCGCCAAGUCACACUUACAGCACAAAUUUAUAUAACUUAAAUAUUAUUGUAGUGGCUCAUUAUGAAAUAAUUAUUCCACUACUUUAAUACAUUUUUUAAUAUAUCUUUGUUACAGCCAAUGUAUUGGUAUGUUAUUGCGUCACUGCUCAAAAUGAAGCAAGGGACCCCAGUUAAAUUGCAGUCGUGUGAAUAACACUUUAGAGUGGAAUUGCGUUAUGCCUUACAAACUGGAUAGCGAGUUCACCUAUGUUCAUGGGAGAUGGGCUAACAGGGUUGUGCCCUCAUUCAUCCCUGUAAAUCACUUAUCUCAUCCAAAAAUCUUACUUUAAACUUAAGCUUGUGGGAACUUUGGAGCACAAAUACUGUCGGCGUCUUUUUUUUUUAACUUUAUGAAAACCAUUUCAACUGUACCUCUAUACAGAUUAUCCCUCUAUUGUUUUAUUUAUUCAAAAGUUGUUAAAAUAUUGGGGGAAAAAACUGAAAUAUGGGUGUCUUCUUGUGGUAGAAAUGCUGAGCAAUUUACCAUGAUUUGUGUUAAAUUUACUGCAGAUGUCAGUUGGUUUUUUUUCCUGAAAGAUUUUUUUUUUUUUUUUUCACAGUGAAGUCAAAUGUUUUCUCAAUAUGCAUUAUACUGUCCAAAACUGUUGAACUUCUUAUCUUACUAAAUCUUACUAAGUAAGUUUUUAUUUCCAUUGAUCUUCAGAGUGAUAACCAACGGUAUUCUGACCCAUUAAACACACAAGUGUCUAAAAACAAUACUGUCAGUUCAGAUUUAUUAGAAGGGAAAUGUUUUUAUAACACCAGCUUCAGGGUUUUGAAUACGUACUGAAAGCACAAGUGAAAGUAAAUACAAAUCAAGCCACAAUUGGCAUCGGUGCAAGGGAAAGUACAGGGGUUUUUUUUCAAGAGGCGUGAUUCUGUUCCAAGAACCUCAGGCAUCUGAAAGCACACAAUUCUAUGCAACAAGGGAUUUUUUAGCCCAAAUUUUGCACAGGUUUGUUAUU